UGUCAAACUUGUGUCAUAGUUGUCAUUGUCAAAUAAAAUUUGUGUUGUGCGUUUGUGUUGUGUAUUCUCAGUUAAUUUAUCUACUGUUUACAAUAUUAAACUUAUAAAAAUAUGGCUAAUAACGUUAAAAUACUCCCUGGAGCCACGGUAUGCGAGGACUGCACACUGGAAGGUGACAUCACUAUCGGCGGAGGUACUGUCAUUCAUCCAAGAGUCACCAUUAUCGCUGAAGGCGGCCCCAUUAUUAUAGCCGAAUACUGUAUUAUUGAAGAGUAUACCACCAUUAUACACAAAAAAAGUGACAACCAAGAGGAUCCACCAAAGCCUCUGUUUAUUGGUGCCCACAAUGCCUUUGAGGUUGGCUGCAAACUGGAGUCCUACUGUGGACAUGUUGGAGAGAGCAAUGUGUUUGAAUGCAAGUCCUUUGUGGGAGUGGACGUUAAAGUUGGCAGUGGUUGUGUGAUAGGAGCAGCAUGUCAACUGACUGCACCACAAACCUUAGCAGAUAACACUGUGAUCUGGGGUUCAGAGCACCAUAUCAGAGAAGCACUUGAAAAGCAGCCGUCUCAGCUAUUACAACUAGACUUCCUAGGCAAAGUGAUGCCUAACUACCAUAGGCUUAGGAAACCUAACAUUCACAAGCGGGCACCGUCUUCCAGGCAAUCACAGGAGACUUCACCAAAACCAUAAUGUGUGGUAACUAGUUAAUAGUUGUAACAGCAUAACAGCAACACUUUGAAGUGGUCCUAUAUAAGACAAAUUAUGUUUAACAAAUAUUAAAUAAGUUAUAUUUAUAGGAAACUCUAAGCUAUAUUUAACGCUUAAAAGUAUUUAUAAAUUACCAAAAAUUUAA